CCGCAGAGCUGAGCGCGUCUUCUCUCGCAGAGGCAGGACUUCUGAAUAUAUUUGAAAACUGAACAGUUUCAACCAAGCCGAAGCAUCUGUCUUCCCAGAGACACAAAUCCAACUUGAGCUGAAUCACAGCAGAUAGAAGCCAUCAUGGUGAAAAGCCACAUAGGCAGUUGGAUCCUGGUUCUCUUUGUGGCCAUGUGGAGUGACGUGGGCCUCUGCAAGAAGCGACCAAAACCUGGCGGAGGAUGGAACACUGGGGGGAGCCGAUACCCGGGACAGGGCAGUCCUGGAGGCAACCGCUAUCCACCUCAGGGAGGGGGUGGCUGGGGUCAGCCCCAUGGAGGUGGCUGGGGCCAACCUCAUGGAGGUGGCUGGGGUCAGCCCCAUGGUGGUGGCUGGGGACAGCCACAUGGUGGUGGAGGCUGGGGUCAAGGUGGUAGCCACAGUCAGUGGAACAAGCCCAGUAAGCCAAAAACCAACAUGAAGCAUGUGGCAGGAGCUGCUGCAGCUGGAGCAGUGGUAGGGGGCCUUGGUGGCUACAUGCUGGGAAGUGCCAUGAGCAGGCCUCUUAUACAUUUUGGCAGUGACUAUGAGGACCGUUACUAUCGUGAAAACAUGUACCGUUACCCCAACCAAGUGUACUACAGACCAGUGGAUCAGUAUAGUAACCAGAACAACUUUGUGCAUGACUGUGUCAACAUCACAGUCAAGCAACACACAGUCACCACCACCACCAAGGGGGAGAACUUCACUGAAACUGACAUCAAGAUAAUGGAGCGAGUGGUGGAGCAAAUGUGCAUCACCCAGUACCAGAGAGAAUCCCAGGCUUAUUACCAAAGGGGGGCAAGUGUGAUCCUCUUUUCUUCCCCUCCUGUGAUCCUCCUCAUCUCUUUCCUCAUUUUUCUCAUAGUAGGAUAGGGGCAAGCUUCCUGUUUUCAUUAUCUUCUUAAUCUUUGCCAGGUUGGGGGAGGGAGUGUCUACCUGCAGCCCUGUAGUGGUGGUGUCUCAUUUCUUGCUUCUCUCUUGUUACCUGUAUGCUAAUACCCUUGGCGCUUACAGCACUGGGAAAUGACAAGCAGACAUGAGAUGCUGUUUAUUCAAGUCCCAUUAGCUCAGUAUUCUAAUGUCCCAUCGUAGCAGUGAUUUUGUAGCAAUUUUCUCAUUUGUUUCAAAAACACCUGACUACAUUUCCCUUUGGGAAUAGCAUUUCUGCCAAGUCUGGAAGGAGGCCACAUAAUAUUCAUUCAAAAAAACAAAACCGGAAAUCCUUAGUUCAUAGACCCAGGGUCCACCUUGUUGAGAGCAUGUGUCCUGUGUCUGCAGAGAACUAUAAAGGAUAUUCUGAAUUUUUCAGGUUACAUUUGCAGGUAACAGCCAUCUAUUGCAUCAAGAAUGGAUAUUCAUGCAACCUUUGACUUAUGGGCAGAGGACAUUUUCACAAGGAAUGAACAUAAUACGCAAGGCUUCUGAGACUAAAAAAUUCCAACAUAUGGAAGAGGUGCCCUUGGUGGCAUCCUUCCAUUUUGUAUGUUUAAAGCACCUUCAAGUGAUAUUCCUUUCUUUAGUAACAUAAAGUAUAGAUAAUUAAGGUACCUUAAUUAAACUACCUUCUAGACACUGAGAGCAAAUCUGUUGUUUAUCUGGAACCCAGGAUGAUUUUGACAUUGCUUAGGGAUGUGAGAGUUGGACUGUAAAGAAAGCUGAGUGCUGAAGAGUUGAUGCUUUUGAACUAUAGUGUUGGAGAAAACUCUUGAGAGUCCCUUGGACUGCAAGGAGAUCAGUCCUGAAUAUUCAUUGGAAGGACUGAUGCUGAAGCUGAAACUCCAAUACUUUGGCCACCUGAUGGGAAGAACUGAAGGCAGGAGGGAUGCUAGGAAAGACUGAAGGCAGGAGGAGAAGGGGACGACAGAGGAUGAGAUGGCUAGAUGGCAUCAUGGACUCAAUGGACAUGAGCUUAAGUAAACUCCAGGAGUUGGCGAUGGACAGGGAGACAUGGCAUCCUGCAGUCCAUGGUGUCGCAGAGUCGGACACGAUUGAGUGACUGAAUUGAGGUGAACCCAGAUUUUAACAUAGAGAAUGCAGAUAUAAAAACUGCAUAUUCAUUUGAUUGAAUCUUUUCCUGAACCAGUGCUAGUGUUGGACUGGUAAGAGUAUAACAGCAUAUAUAGGUUAUGUGAUGAAGAGAAUAGCGUACAUGAAAUAUGUGCAUUUCUUUAUUGCUGUCUUAUAAUUGUCAAAAAACAAAAUUAGGUUCUUGGUUUCUGUAAACUUGACUUUUGAAUCAAAAGGGAGGCAUUUAAAGAAAUAUCUUAAAUUAGAGAUGAUAGAAAUUUGAUCCAUUCAGAGUGGAAAAAGAAAUUCCAUUACUAUUAUUUAAGUAGGUAAAAUUAUUUCCUGAAUUGUUCAAUAUUGUCACCUAGCAGAUAGACACUAUUAUUCUGUACUGUUUUUACUGGCUUGCACCUUGUGGUAUCCUAUGUAAAAACAUAUUUGCAUAUGACAAACUUAAAAAUUUCUGUUAGAGCAAUUAAUAUCUGAACUACCUAAUGCAUUACCUGUUUUUGUAAGGUACUUUUUGUAAGGUACUAAGGAGAUGUGGGUUUAAUCCUUAGGUCAGGUAAAUCCCCUAGAGGAAGAAAUGGCAACCCACUCCAGUAUUCUUGCCAGGAAAAUCCAAUGGACAGAGGAGCCUGGCAGGGUACAGUCUAAGCAUGGGGUUGCAAAGAGUGAGACAAGACUUGAGCUACUGAACAAUAAGGACAAUAAAUGCUGGGUCGGCUAAAAGGUUCAUUAGGUUUUUUUCUGUAAGAUGGCUCUAGUAGCACUUGUCUUUAUCUUCAUUCAAAACAAUUUUGUUAGAUUGUAUGUGACAGCUCUUGUAUCAGCAUGCAUUUGAAAAAAAAAACAUCAAAAUUGGUAAAUUUUUGUAUAGCUAUCUUACUACUGAAGAUGGAAGAAAAGAAGCAAAAUUUUCAGCAUAUCAUGCUGUAUUAUUUCAAGAAAGAUGACCAAAAUGUGAAAAUGUAUUUGUUCAGUGUAUGGAGAAGGGGCUGCAACUGGUCAAGCUUGUCAAAGUAGUUUGUGAAGUUUUGUGCUGGAGAUUUCUUAUUGGACGAUGCUCCACAGUUGGAUAUACCAGUUGAAGUUGAUAGUGAUCAAAUUGAGAUAUUGAGAAUAAUCGAUGUUAUACCACACGGGAGAUAGCUGACAUACUCAAAAUAUCCAAAUAGAACCUUGAAAACCAUUUGCACCAUCUCAGUUAUGUUAAUCACUUUGAUGUUUGAGUUCCACAUAAGUUAAGCAAAAAAAAAAAAAAAAACAAAAACACAACCUUGACCAUUUCUCUACUGAAAUGAAUGAAAACACUUUGUUUUUAAAAACAGAUUUUGAUUAACAGUGGAUACUAUACAAUAACGUAGAAUGGAAGAAAUUGUAGGGUGAGCAAAAUGAACCACCACCACCAAAGGCCAGUCUUCCUCUAAAGAAGAUGUGUGUAUGGUGGGAUUGGAAAGUAAUCCUCUAUUAUGGAUUCUUCUGGAAAACACUGCUCCUAAUUAGACCAACUGAAAGCAGCACUCAAUGAAAAGUAUCCAGAAUUAGUCAAUAGAAAACAUAAUCUUCCAUCAGGAUAACGCAAGACUACAUAUUUCUUUGAUGACCCAGCAUGGCUGGGAGGUUCUGAUUCAUCGGUUGUAUUCAGACAUUGCAUCUUUGGAUUUUUUCCAUUUAUUUCAGUCUACAAAAUUAUCAUAAUGGAAAAAAUUUCCAUUCCCUGGAAGAUUGUAAAGUGCAUCUGGAAAAUUUCUUUGCUCAAAAAGAUAAAAAAUUUUGUGAACACAGAAUUAUGACGUUGCCUGAAAAAUGGCAGAAGGUAGUGGAACAAAAGAGUGACUAUAUUGUUUGGUAAAGUUCUUAGUGAAAAUGAAAAAUGUGUCUUUUAUUUUUAUUUAAACACCAAAGGCACAUUUUGGCCAACCCAAUACUGAAUACUUAAAGGAAACUCUUCUGUGUUGUCCUUAGCCUUACAGUGUGCACUGAAUAGUUUUGUAUAAGAAUCCAGAGUGAUAUUUGAAAUACGCAUGUGCUUAUAUUUUUUAUAUUUGUAACUUUGCAUGUACUUGUUUUGUGUUAAAAGUUUAUAAAUAUUUAAUAUCUGACUAAAAUUAAACAGGAGCUAAAAGGAGUA